CUCUCCUCCUCUCCCAGCCAGUCCUCUCUCCUCCUCUCCCAGCCCCAGCCAGUCCUCUCUCCUCCUCCUUCAGCCCCAACCAGUCCCCUCUCCUCCUCUCCCACCCAGUCCUCUCUCCUCCUCUCUGAGCCAGUCUCCUCUCCCAGACAGUCCUCUCUCCCAGUCCCCUCCUCUCCCAGUCAGUCCCCUCUCCUCCUCUCCCAGCCCCUCUCCUCCUCUCCCACCCAGUCCUCUCUCCUCCUCUCCGAGCCAGUCCCCUCUCCCAGACAGUCCUCUCUCCCAGUCCCCUCCUCUCCCAGUCCCCUCUCCUCCUCUCCCAGCCAGUCCCCUCUCCCGGCCCUACAGCCAGUCCCCUCUCCUCCCACUCCCAGCCAGUCCUCUCUCCUCCUCUCCCAGCCCCAUCCAGUCCCAUCUCCCACCCAGUCCUCUCUCCUCCUCUCCCAGCCAGUCCUCUCUCCUCCUCUCCCAGCCAUCCUCUCUCCUCCUCUCUGA